AAAAAUACAUUUUGAAACUCAAUCUCCCAUGGUUCCUUUCGCGCGUGUUUUGACGUAGCAGGAAGUAAACUUGUCAUGUCGAUAGGGGAGAUUCUUUUGAAGUGAAACGGGGCAGUCUAUAUAUGAUGUGAUGUGAUGGGUGUCCAUGGUCUGACCAGCUAUGUGGAGGGUAACAGGGGCUUGUUCCAGGACGUCAGGUUCAGAGACAGCAGACUUGUGAUAGAUGGCUGUAGUCUGUUCUUCAGGCUCUAUCUAAACCAUGGACUGGAUCAGGCACACGGAGGGGACUACGAUGCCUUCGCUGCCCUACUGUCUACCUUCAUCUCUGCACUGGAGGCCUGCAAUAUACAGCCUUAUGUGGUGCUGGAUGGCGGCAUGGACCCCAGUGAUAAGAAGCUGUCCACCCUGAGGCAGCGGCUGCAGAGUAAGAUCCAAGAGGCUGAGUCUCUGUCCCGGGGCCGACACGGCUCUGUCCUCCCCCUCCUCACAAGACACGUCUUCAUCCAGGUCCUCUCCCAGCGAGGUGUCCCGUUGGUCCAGUGCCCCGCCGAGGCAGACUGGGAGAUUGCCUGCCUGGCCAAUCAGUGGGGUUGUCCAGUUCUGACCAAUGACAGCGACUUUUACAUCUUUGACUUGCCAGGUGGUUAUAUUCCGUUCCGGUUCUUCCAAUGGGCCAGUGUUAGCGGUUCCCCUCCACAUCACUACAUCCCAGCCAGACGCUACACGGUCAGUGGGAUGUGCCAGCACUUCAGGGGAAUGAACCGGGAACUUCUGCCGCUGUGUGCUGUCCUGGCAGGGAAUGACUACACCACAAAACAAACCUACAAACACAUACACACACUCCUCCCUCAGCUAACCACGGGAGGGAAGAGGGGAGGCAGGGGCGGAGGGAGCCCAUCCCAUAUAGAGGGCCUCCUUCUCUGGCUCUCCUCCUUCCCUGGACCUGAGGAGGCUCUGGAGGAGGUGGGGAGACUGACAGGAGGAGUAGAAAGAGGAGGAGGAGGAGGAGGGAGAGGGAGAGGAGGAAGGGGAAGAGCAGGGAGUGGAGGAGAGAAGUCCGGCCUGUGUUCUGUGCUCUGGUCAGGCAUGCAAGAGUACCAUCUGACUCCUCAGAGCCGUCUCUCUACCUGGUUCUCUGGAGGCUCAUCCAGGUCGCCAGAGGGCCUGUGGACCGUUACUCCCUGCCCGCUGCCAGAGUGGCUGUGCUGGGCCGCAGGGAGCGGGGCGAUGGCCCCCCUGGUGCUGGAUGUCCUGGAGCUCAGGAGGGUGCUGCUCAUCCCUCAGGUGGAGAACAGCCGACUACCCAGCAGCCACUGCAGUGCCACGGCCAUACGACAGGCCCUCUACGGGAUCCUACUGGCCAAUCAGGAGCAGGGGGAGAGUGGAGAGACGGGAGACAGGGUCCAGAGACAAGGUGGACAGGAGACCCAGGUAGAGGGACAGGGAGAAAGGGGGAGGGGAGGAAGGCAGUGGGGGAGGGGGGGAAGGGGCAGAGGUCAGAAACAGGGAGUGCUUCAGGGGGGUGCAGAGCCUUCCUCAGGCAGUGGUCAGGGUGAGAACAUUGCCCCUAGCGCUGUGGAAAGUGACAGAGGUAUGAGUGUGUUUGUGGAGGAGUACGACAGACACAAUCUGAACCUGAGGAAGUGCCAGGUGGAGCCACGGACCCCUGGAACCAUUCUACACCUUGAGACACUCUGCCAGGCUCCUGUGUCAGUUCGUCUGGGAGUGCUGUAUGAUGUUCUGGGGGUGAAGGAGUCUUCUCUGUCCCCCCUACCUCCUCACCUUAGGCUGGCCCUUGGAGUGACUGGGUUCUGGAGGAGAGAGGCCAGACCUUUUCCCUCUCUACCGCAGGUACAGGCUCUGCUGCUGGGCAUGGUCCAUGGAGAGAUGGCCCGGAACACUCAUCCUGGACAGAACCAGAACACAGCCACAGAACGGAACCUGUGGAUGAAGCUUCGCCUGCGGCCAGGAGACAGGCGGGGUUUCGAUGUGGGCGUGGCUCAUUCCCUCAGCCAAUGGCAGGCCUGCCUGUGGAGUGUACUCAGUCUGAACCAGCUACUGUGUCUGCCCCUGCCUGAACCAGACACAGCAUGGUUAUUCAGUGGUAGUCUGGUCCAUGGUUUGGUUGGCCGUCUGAGAGGGGGUUGUUCUCCUGAAUCUCUUCUGGCUGCAGCUCCUCUCUCUGGGCAUAUCUACCGCUCCCUACUGGCUGCUCUGGAGGACUGCAUGCUAAAUACACUACCCUCAUCAUCAUCAGGGAGGAGGAAGAGGGGGAGAGGAGGAGCAAAAGGAGGAGCCCCUUCCUCCCAGGAGAUCAACAACAGGUUUGCUCUGCUGAUGACUGAGGAAGAGGAUGAAGAGUGAGAGGAGUGAGGAGACUGUAGGUUCUUUCUAGUCAACGUGGUGCUCAAAUAAACGUUGUUCCUCUUUUCACAGCUUAGAAAGAGAGGAGUGGGAUGAAAAGAAAGAGAUGGCCUGUGGGACACUAUUUUAGGAAGCAUUAAUCCAUAUGAUAUAAACCCACUCAGGGAAUGCUGCGUUUCAAUGACGAUUCUAAAUGAUUAACAUUUCUAUUUCUGAUGAAACUCUUCCUUUUAAUUAGGACAUAUACAUAUGGCCUUCAUGAGGCCUUUACAGCAGCUAAUGCCAUCUUGACAAGCAGCUGAUGUCACCUUGUCAGCAUGAGUCUACACAAAACAUUGAGCCUUUAAACUGUUUUUAAUUAAAUGUGUAAACUCAAUGAUGUGCAUAUUGUUCUUAUCAUUAGUCUCAAUGUCCACAUAGCAACCUAACUAUUAGUAACCAAAUAAAAACAUGUUCAGUUCCAGCUUUGUUUAUUAUCAAUUUCAUGUAACAGUCAUCACAUACAUACAGUAGUAAAAAUGCUAAUGUUUCUUCUAUAACCUCAGACAUUACAUUUCAUUGCAGUACAAUAUAAAACAGUACAAUUAAAUACACACAAUAGCAUAAAAUACAUAGUAUAGAAUCAUAUUUUCAAAUUCUUGAGCUGCACUUGAUUUCAUUUACACGGUAAAAUACAACCAAUGGAUUAGUUCCAAAAGUGCUAUCUACUUUCAAGUACUUAAAAGUACCUGACCCAGGUCUGAUAAAAACAUGUUUAGUUGAGACUAAGUGUAUCAGCUGAGAGCUCUUAGAUCAGUCGUUGAUCUGUAGCUUUAACAAUGAGCUUCUGUCCGAAGACAAUCAUCACUGAGUGACUUUCAUGUUAGUAUUUUCCCAGUUCUAUGUUCUGCUAGUCAGCACCUCGCCUCAGAGUGUGUUCUCUAUGAUUUCUGUCAAUGUGAAGCUUCAACAUGAUUCCACUACAGCAGUUUCAUACCACACUGACCAGCUCUCGUCCUCCAAAUAAAACCACAACAGAUAAAACCUU